AUGGGAGUCGUUAGCUUCACCGUCAGCUACCUGCUGUUCUCCGCCUUGCACCUGUGCUGCUUCGCCCUUGCCCUCACGACAUGUGGUCUCUACGGUGUUGAUCUAAACCGAGCACAUCAGCACGGCAAGUACGCCGACUCGAAAUGGGUCUACGCCGUAGUCGUAGGUAGCCUGUCGGCUUUCACUUGUGUCCUCUACUUCAUCCCCUUCGUCCUGCGAGUGGCUGGGGUAGUGGCCGUAAUCUGGGACCUGAUUCUCUUCAUCCUUUGGAUCACUCUUUUCGGCAUUUUCGGCAAGAUGUACAUCAAUGAGGAUGCCGAGGGUGACCAUGGCGUCAUGCGCAUGAAGAACGCAGUGUGGGUUGACCUGACCAGCGCUCUCCUGUGGCUGAUCGCCGCAUUGGCGUCCGCUGGAUACUGGUGGAAGCACCGCGACACGCGCUCGCGCUUCACCGGCCGCGCGCACGUCUAG